AGCUCAUUGCAAAAUGGCGACGCAAAUGGAGAAAAAAUUAUCAGAGCUUAGAGUGGUAGACCUGCGACAAGAGCUAGAGAAACGAAAAUUAGAUAAAUCUGGCGUUAAGGCAGUACUACUUGAACGACUUCAAAAGGCACUAGAAGAUGAAGGUAAAGAUCCAGAAGAAUUUCAGUUUGAGGUUUCUGAUGCAACACCCAAGAAGCCAGUGGAGGUUUCCACUAAAAGGACACCAACUCUGAACAAAACACGUACAAAAGACAAAGAUGAGGAUGGAGAUGAGGAGGAAGAGGGUGAGGAAUUACAGGAUGUGACAGUUGACGCUGACGGGGAUGUAGCCGAUGAUUCCGGAGCCAUGGAGUUGCUCGAUCUCUCCGAAGAAGAUGAAACAGAAGCUGAAAAUAAUUGUACUAUUGAUGAUAGUAUCCUGGAUAAUACACCAACUGAAAAUGGUGAUGUUUCUAUGGAAACUGAUGAACCACUGAAAUUGGAAAAUGGUCCUGAAGAAAGUGCUAAAAAUGGUCCUGAAGAAAGUGCUGAAAAAAGUGUAGAAGCAUUUCAAGAUAGUGGUAUUAACAUCGAACCUGCCGUUCCAGUCAAGCAAGAGACUGGUGUCAAAAUUGAAGAGGAUAAAGCCGACAGCAGUGUGAAUCCAGUGGAGGUGGAAAAAAAAUGUGCACCCAGUGCGGUAGAGGUAAAUGCCCCAGAAGUGAAGCCUGCUCCAGCCGUGGUGAAAAAAGAAGAGGCUACGUCAGUCAAGAAAGAUACUCCUUCGUCCAAACCAGCUGUUGAAACUAGUCCAAAGUCUUCCCAACAACAAGUAUUAACAGGUCCCCCUCGAUCAAAGCCAGCAGGCACUACAGCUAAGACGACAACUACUACAACAGGUACAACAACAGCCGCACCACCAAAAGCAGAUGUUGCUGAAAUAUCUCUCUUUGCCGAGAGCAUUGAUGAUUCGUUUGAUGUCCGAGUCGACGACACCCAAGUGAGUGAAAUUGAUGCCGACUUAUUAGGAACAGAAAAUGAAAAAUCCACCGAAAAACAGCCUGAGGCUAUGGAUACCACAGGAUCUGGCGAUGCCAAUGUGGUCCAGAAAGAAAAUGGAGAAACGACAGUCGAAACGAAGCCUGUUGAAGUAUCAAGUGACAAGAAGACGUCCGAUGACAAGGAAGAGGUCAAAAAGGAUGAUAAAGAUUCAAAACCUGCCAAGAGUGUUGUUGCAAAUAAAGAUGCAAAGCCAAAGGAUACGAAAGCGAGCCUGAACAGUCGUAACUUGUGGGUGAGCGGCCUGUCAUCAAACACACGAGCUACUGAUCUCAAGUCUUUGUUUACCAAGUAUGGCAAAGUGGUUGGUGCCAAAGUAGUGACCAAUGCCCGAAGUCCUGGUUCUCGUUGUUAUGGCUUUGUGACAAUGUCGUCAUCGGAGGAAGCGACCAAGUGUAUUCAGCAUCUUCACAGGACCGAGUUACAUGGCAAGAUGAUUUCAGUUGAAAAGGCUAAAAAUGAACCAGGUGCCUCAAGUAAAGCUGCUGUGAAGAAACCAGAGGAGAAGAAAACUGUGUUGGUUAAAAAAGAUGACAAAAAAGAAGUGGAAAAGAAAGAAGUAGUGAAGAAGGUUGAGAAGAAGGACGAACGCCGACGUUCGGGACCCCCCAGCAGGCGUGACGAUCACCACAGUCCUAGGAGCGUCAGUGGGGGUCACAGGGACUCGAGAGCUCAUCACAGCAAACCUAUAGUAAAAAAACCUACUACCACUACUGCUACUAAAGGCAAAGAAAAGGAAGAAAAAGAUAAAAAGGAUGCAUCUUUGACCAAAGAUGUUGCUCAAAAGAAGAAAGAGGAAGAAGUGAAUGCAAGUGAGAGUGUUGAAAAGAAAGAUGAGGAGAAAAAGGACGAACACGAAGAUGCUGAGAAGAAACCCAAUGAUAAUGCAGAGAAAUCUGACUCCAAGGAGCCACGGUCGGAAUCUAGUCGAUCCCACAGCAGAGGACUGAGUAAAGAUCGAAAAGAUAUUUUGUCCUUUGAGAAAAUUAAGGCUGAACGCGAGAGGGAGAGACUUAAGAACCGAGAACGUCGUCUGCGUGAGGAGGAGCGCCGUAGAUUGGCCAAACUUGAGCGGGAGAGACUUCGCCAAAAACAGCUGCACAUAAAACAACGGGAAGAGGCGCUCAGGCUGGAGAAAGAAAAGGCCAAAAUUAGGUUGGAAAGAGAAAGACUUGAGCAAGAGCGAAUUGCUGCUGAUCGCCUUAGACUGGAGAGGGAAAAGUUUGAAAAAGCAAAACAAGAAUUGCUGAGAUUGGAACAACGCAGGUUGGAAGAAGACAGGCGAGCUAUUAAAAGACCAUUUGAAGGUCGAUCCAGCAACAGGGAUGACUACUGGGGAGAAGUUAAAAGAUCAAAUACCUCUGAUAACAGAUUUGAAUUUACUGCAGAGAGGAGUCGAGGUGACGUAGGUUUUGAACGCAGGGUUGAACGAUAUGAUCGCCGCGAUAGAAUGUCUGAUGGUGGAAGUAACAUGAGAAAUGACGGUCGCCGUGAGAGAGACGGCAGGGAGCACCAGUCUGAAAGGUUCCGUGGCGAUCGUAGAACCAACACGCUCGUGAGUCGCGGUCACAGUCGUGAAGGAGUUAGAGAAACUGAUCGUGAUCGCUCAGACAGGCGUGACCGUGUCCGAUCACCGGCUCAUCAUGACUCACGGUCAGAGUGGAAGUCGGAGAGGGUUAUGCAGGCUAAUGAUAGGCGAGGAAAUGCUGACACCCGAUUGGUUGUGUCUGGAGGUCGUGACCCAUGGCAAGGUGGUCAGGGUGGUAUGGUGAUGCAAGAUGACAGGAGUCGCAGCAAAGUGUUAGUAGGAAGAGACGGAAUGUCCAAUGCUGGCCGAUCUCAGGGUAGUUCUUGGGGAGUGGGGACUAAUGAUAGAGGGAAGAUGGACAACAGUUGGGGUCAUAGCCAGAUGGAUCAUCAGCCCAUGAGGAACCAGGGAGCCGACCGAUGGGUCACCAACAUGACAUCGCAGCACGACCGUGGUGGUGGUGGUGGUGGCUACACCAUGGGUGGAACGAUGAUGGGUGGCAUGGGACAAAACAUGUACAUCGCCCCGACGCAGCCACAGGGCAGCAAUAUGAUGAUGAUGGGCAGCAUGGGGCGGCAGCAGGAUACGCGCUUUAUUCAGAGUAACACUAUGAGGAGGUUCUGAAACAAAAAAACAGUGAUUUGACCCGUGUGGAACAUCAUUGAAGUGAAACUGUAUGGACAUUUACUGACUGAAUGGAGUGCAGUUGAAACUAGGUGAAGAAUGUUGCACUGAACUCUGUUGGAACUAGGUGAAGAAUGUGACACCGAAGCCUGUUAGAACUAGGUGAAGAAUGUUACACUGAAGCCCAGUUAUCACUGAAGCCUGUUAUAAAUGUUCAUUCAUAAAAUAGUGCAGCUCUCAUUCAUUGUUUGCAUAUUUGUUUGGAAAUCCUAGAUGUUUUCGAUGGUGCAAGCCAGAUUUUGUGAUGUAUUUUAAUUGUUAUUGAUAGCUGAAGAGAAUGGCUUUUGCUGAUGAACCUGUGGUUAUUUAAUAUGGUCUGAUGGCACAAGAAACAUUUUAAAAGUUAACAUUGUUUAACUCAAACAUGACAUUACAUCGCAUUCAUUUUUUUUUUUUUUUUUUUUUUUGUAACUGAUAUCAUGCUAUAUAGUUUUAGGUCAUUGGAAGUUUAUCUUUCUAAUAGCGUUGUCCAUCAUGUACUUUUUAAUCUUAGAUUAAUUCAUUAAUAAUUUUCACAAUGUGAGGUUGAUGGUACAGUUAAAUCAAAUAAGACGGAAAUAUAUAGAAACUAAUUUGAAUGAUAAACAAUAUCAUUUUGUUGUGAUUGUUUGAUAAACCUAGUCUAGAAUGAUAAAGACCAAACAAUUCAAGUGUCUAACCUUUUGCAUAAGGGUAUUUGAUGCAUGUCAUCAUGUUAAGGGUUUGGUUGCAUUCAAAGUAAAACUUGUUUACAUCUCAAUACUUGAGAUCUGACCUAAAAUUAGGCAUAAAAAUAAUUAUUUUGAAAUAAAAAUGUUUUUGUUGGCUGUUAAAUGAUACUAAUAAAUAUUACUCUUCAUUUUUUUAAAUCACUUUUAAACUGUUAAAUUGCACUGAUUUCUUACUGAAAUAAUCAAAUAGAAAGCAGUAGUCGACAGUUAAAAAUGAAUUAUCGUCCUUUCUUCCCAUGGUGCAUUGAAAUGGCUGAAUGUUAAAUAAGUACAUUUUAUAUUGUGUUGAGAUUUUUGAAUGGUAAAAGUGCUUGUGUGCGUUUAAUUUUUGUAUAUGAAUGCCUGUAAUUGUUAAUUAUUUACUUGUCAUUUUGAAUAAAGUAAUAUUUUUAUGAACUAAAA